UACCAUCAGUGUGUGAAUGUGUAUGAAUGGAUGAGUUAAUACUGAUGGACUCUUUACUCAGCAGCCUCUACCAUCAGUGUGUGAAUGUGUAGGUGUGACCUGCGGUGUAAAAGCACUUUGAGGAGUCUGAAGAUUAAAAAAGCACUAUUCAAGCUGAAGUCCAUUAACCAUUUACCCUUUAAUUCAAAUGAAUUGAUUACUUGGUGGUUUUCUAGUGAUGACUAGUUUCUGUUGGUUUGCUCUGACUCAUCUCACCGUGUGAUUGGUUGAGGGGACCUCUGGAUAUAGUCGGGGUCCUGCAGCUGCCCAGCUGUCCUUGUUGGAGCCUUUUUAUAGAGGCAGCCUACUCAACACCACCGCACAAAUGGAGCGCUUUAUCCUGCAGGGGUAGAGUUACUCACGCACAGUGUGUGUAGACGUUUAGACACCAUGAAAGUGUGUGUGUGUGUGUGUGUGUGUGUGUGUAUUUGUGUGUAUUUGUGUGUAUUAUUUCACUCCAUAACAUUUACAGACAACAUGAAGAAGAGUGCAAACUGAGAGCAGGAAGAAGAGGAACAAUCUGCACGACGAGCGAGGUCGAUCCAGAAUGAGCGCCCCCUUGAGUUCCUCCAGUGGUUUGGAGGUGCUCCUGUCCACUCUGCAGAGUGCCGGAGACGUGGAGAGCACCUUAAACAUCAUCAAUGUGCUGGAUGAACUUCUGUCAGCUGGUACAGACCGUCGUAUCCUCUACAUGAUCAGGAAAGGAGGCAGUGAGGCGCUGCUCUCUGCUCUGGUGAACACGGGACGCAGCUUCACUCCAAACUACAGCGUCCUGCUGCCUCUGCUGCACCUGCUAGUGAAAGUUGGACACAGAGACCGGCGUAUCGGUGUGAAGGCAGAGGACGCCGGAGCCGUGCUGUUGACUCUGAGUCUGCUCAGACACAACAUCUCAAACCCCAGGAGGGCUGCAGCCUGCCUCUGGGUCCUCCAGGUGUUCUCUUCCUCAGUUUCCACAGCAAACUUGAUCGGCGAAAACCACGGACUGGAUGUGAUCUACCGCCUGAUCCCUCCGUACACCUCCAAACACCUGCACACCAUCAAGGCGGCCAUUACUGCCUUUGCUGCUCUGCUCUCCACAAAGGCUAACGUGUCGGCGGCGGUGUCUAAAGGUUACGUCUCUGGUCUCCUGCAGCUCUAUGAGGACUGGUUCAUGACCGACUGUCAGCAUGAGGCCACAGUGAUCUGCCAUGCUCUCCUGCGCUGCCUCCAUCAGGUCAGCCACAGUACUGCAGGCAGACAGGCUGUGUUUUCACAGGGAGGUCUCCGACUGCUCUAUCAAAGUACUCAGACGUGUGCGCUCAGUAAAGGUGGCGAGUGUCUGCUGGAGGCGGCGGUGCAGCUCAUGAGGAAGUGUCUCCCUAAAACUCCUCUGCCUCUGACCUCAGACCGCUCAGUGUACACCUUCGCCCUGCCUGGAGGGUCACAUGAUACACCUGAGAUCAACAUGGCUCCAGAUGAGAGCAGUGAGGAUGAGGAGGAUGAAGAAGACGAGGAGCCAGACAGCAGAGACGAUGAUGACGAUCUGGAGACAGACCUGAACAAACUACGUCUCCGUCCGGACCCUGACAGACCCAAAGAGCUGCUGGUUCAGUAUAGUCAACUCUGUCCUGAACUGUCCCACGACUUCCAGGAUCUGGACCUGAGCUCAGAGUCAGGAGACUCUUCAUCUUCAUCAGACGAGGAGUUGGUGCUCCCUGCUCACUCCUCCAGGAGGGACAGGAGGAGGAGCAGAGACCAGUCCUCAGCAGGGUCUCACUCAGAGACAGAUGGACAAACACCAGAUUUUCACAGUCACAGAAACUUUCUCAGCAACAGUCCAAGCUUCAGGAGCAUUGUGAAAGAGACCAGGGAGGAUGCCCCCCCAGGUGAUGGAGGGUCAGAUCAGGAAGAGGAGGGGGCUGAAGACUCUGCCCACUCUACAAUGAUUGACAGGUUGUUGGAGCGACACGGCGCCUGUAUCCCCCAUCAUGACCCCAGGCUGUACCUAUCUGCUGCCUCAAAAACCAGAUCCAUCCCUGGCUUCAGCAUCCUGGCCUUCCCGGAUUUCUGGGGUCACCUGCCCCCCACAGGCCACGAAGCCAUGGCCCCCCGGGGACCCCACAUUCAGAGACUGAAGGUGUUUCAAGACAUCAGACGUUUCCUGAAUACUGAUGACAUCAUCAACCAGGUGGUGUUUGACCUGGAAGACAGCAGUGUUCCAUGUCCGUCUGACUCUCUGAGGUUUUACUCCAAGUUUGAAAGUGGGAACCUGAGGAAGGCUGUACAGGUCCGCAGGAAUGAGUAUGACCUGAUCCUGAACGCAGACACUAACUGCUCUCAGCACACUCAGUGGUUUUACUUCGAGGUCAGUAACAUGCAGCCUGUUGUCCCCUAUCGCUUCAACGUCAUCAACUGUGAGAAGACCAACAGCCAGUUCAACUACGGGAUGCAGCCGGUGUUGUACUCGGUCAGAGCAGCUCUGGAGGGCAGACCUCAGUGGGUCAGGACUGGAGAUGAUGUUUGUUAUUACAGAAAUCACUUCUGUUCAUCUCGAGGGCGGAGGACCUCCACCUUCUACACCCUGACCUUCACUGUGACCUUCAAACACCACGAGGACGUCUGCUACAUCGCCUAUCACUACCCCUACACCUACUCCACCCUCAAGGCUCACCUGAAGCAGCUGCAGAGGUGUGUGGAUCCUUCCUCAGUGUUCUUCAGGCAGCAGGUUCUCUGUGAGACUCUGAAGGGAAACUCGUGUCCUCUGGUCACCAUCACAGCCUGUCCGAGCAGCCGCAGCUGGAGAGACCUGCACCAGCUGCGUAAUCGUCCGUGCAUCGUGCUGACAGCUCGGGUUCAUCCAGGUGAGUCUAAUGCGAGCUGGGUGAUGAAGGGCAGUCUGGAGUUCCUGUGCAGCAGUGACCCCGUGGCUCAGAGUCUGAGAGAGGCCUUCAUCUUUAAAAUCAUCCCCAUGCUGAACCCUGACGGAGUCAUCAACGGCAUGAGUCGCUGUGAUCUCAUUGGGGAGGAUCUGAACCGUCAGUGGUGUAAACCUGACCCCUCCCUCUGUCCCACGAUCUACCACACCAAAGGUUUCCUUUAUUACCUGAACAGCAUCGGACGCACGCCACAGGUGUUCUGUGAUUACCACGGACACUCCAGGAAGAAGAACGUCUUUCUGUACGGCUGCAGCGUGAAGGAGACGCUGUGGCAGUCUGGCUCUGCUGUGGACACGGUGGGACUGAAGGAGGACCCUGGAUACAGGACUAUCCCAAAGACGUUGGAUCGUAUCGCUCCGGCCUUCUCCUUCAACAGCUGCAACUACCUGGUGGAGAAGUCUCGCUCGUCCACAGCGCGGGUGGUGGUAUGGAGAGAGAUAGGCGUUCUGAGGAGUUACACCAUGGAGAGUACCUACAACGGCUGUGAUCAGGGCAUACACAAGGGGCUGCAGACAGGGAGCAGGGAGCUGCAGGAGAUGGGGAUGAAGUUCUGUCAGAGUCUGCUGUCCGUCACUAAAGACUCUCGAGCUCUUUACAACAAGAAACUGAUCCAUCACAUCGACCUGGACGACAACGUCCUCGACCACAAGUCGCACAACUGCUUUGAGGACGACGAGCCCCCGUGUGUGGAGGAGAUCGAGUUCUCCGCAGACUGUCCGCCUCUACACGGCGAUGAUCUGGAUUCAGAUGUUGACAGAAACAUGGCGGGCGCUGAGGAAGAUGAGGAGGAAGACUUCCUGUUCCCCAAUAGGACCCGACAGUCAUCCACGUGUAACGGCACCGCCAGCGGACAGAUCCUCAGCUAAACCACCAAGAUCCAAAAGUCUGCAUAAGGACUGAGAGGACCUGAACCCUAACAGGUCCUCAGACUGGGACCUGGUCCUGACCCUAGCUAACAGGUCAUCAGACUGGGACCUGGUACUGAUCCUAGCUAACAGGUCAUCAGACUGGGACCUGGUCCUGACCCUAGCUAACAGGUCAUCAGACUGAGACCUGGUACUGAUCCUAGCUAACAAGUCAUCAGACUGGGACCUGGUCCUGACCCUAGCUAACAGGUCAUCAGACUGAGACCUGGUACUGAUCCUAGCUAACAGGUCAUCAGACUGGGACCUGGUCCUGACCCUAGCUAACAGGUCAUCAGACUGGGACCUGGUCCUGAUCCUGGUCUUCCUGGUCCUGAACUCUCUCACGCUGUGGACUGAUGCUUUAAUUUCCUCUUAUCUGUGUUUGCUGUGAGAAUAAAAGUGAUUUAUUUUGUGUUUA